AUGUGCACAUCCACAAUAGAUUACAGAUUACAGUACGUAUUCUCUGUGCACAUCACAAUAGAUUACAGUACGUAUUCUCAUGUGCACAUCACAAUAGAUUACAGUACGUAUUCUCAUGUGCACAUCACAAUAGAUUACAGUACGUAUUCUCGUGUGCACAUCACAAUAGAUUACAGUACGUAUUCUCAUGUGCACAUCACAAUAGAUUACAGUACGAAUUCUCAUGUGCACAUCACAAUAGAUCACAAUACAGUACGUAUUCUCAUGUGCACAUCACACAGUACGUCUCAUGUGCACAUCACAAUAGAUUACAGUACGUAUUCUCAUGUGCACAUCACAAUAGAUCACAGUACGUAUUCUCAUGUGCACAUCACAAUAGAUCACAUCAUAAUUAUUGAAAGUUUAUUCCUGCAUGACCAUAUUUGUGCAUACGGUCAGGGCAAUUCUUAUGUUUGCACAGUAUUUUUGGAUCUGCAGUUCUAG